AAGGUGCCAUCCCAGAAUCCAACAAUACGUUGCGCAUAUAAGAAUACGGAAGGGAAAAGCGCGUGGAGUAGGGUUUCUUGGAGGGAGAACACCCCCCCAUGCGAUUGGGGCGUUGACACAGGAGAUGGGCGCCAAUGGGCUUGACGGGCUUAACCAGGUUUGCCCUGCAUCAACCGCGUGGACUUCAAGUCUUAUGUCAUCACCCUUCAUACAUCACCGUACAAAAAGUCUGAAACACCAGGCUUUCCGUCACCUACAAGAUACCAAUCGCUGCUCUGUCCCAUCGAACAUGAAACUUGCUCUUGUCAUUGGUCCAUAAGUAGGGCGAGAAUGGCACUCGAGACUCUCAAGCCGUAUCUGCAGCAGGUGCAGGAUCAUCCAGUCUUUGCUUCUGUCAUCUGCCUCGCUCUUUUGACCACAUUGACAGGCUCUCCAGGAAAAGUGUUUGGGAUGGCUAAAACGAAAUACUGGCAUUCGACGAAAUCCCUACUGCUCAAGACCAAAGACGGAAAGACCACUUCGUUCGCUCAACUAUGCAAGACUCUCGUUCCGCCGUGUCGACUGAAUCCGUUGUUGUUCAAUGGUCAUCUGCAAACAAUAUGGACUGUCAUGGCGCCCGACACGGUCCCAAUACACUACAAACGCUGGAUCUUCGACCAUGAAGACCCAGUUUAUACUGGGCAGUUUGCAGUCGAUUUCGCUACAGCCCCGAACGAUAAUCAUGAUUCGACUCUACCACCAAGGACCACUUACUAUACCGAACAAGAUUUCAAGAAGAUAGGUUCGCUGGACGAUCGCCCUAUGCUUGUGAUGCUCCAUGGACUCAGUGGAGGAUCUCAUGAGUUAUAUCUCCGCCAUGUUCUAGCUCCUUUGAUUGGGAAGGGAGGCUGGGAAGCUUGUGUGGUCAUUUCCAGAGGUUGUGCCAAAACCAAAAUCACAAGCAGUGUUCUAUACAAUGCCCGUGCUACUUGGGAUGUGAAACAGAUAGUCAAGUGGUUGAAACAGACCUUCCCCAAUCGUCCACUUUUUGGCAUUGGCUUUUCCUUGGGUGCCAACAUCAUAACCAAUUAUAUCGCCGAAGAAGGGAGUAAGUGUGCCUUCAAAGCAGCCGUUGUGCUUUCAAAUCCAUGGGACCUCCAAGCUGGAAACCUGGCACUGCAGAGAGGCUGGUUCAAUCGCAAUGUCUACUCGGCGACGAUGGGGAAGAGUAUGGUCAAAUUGUUCAACAACCAUGUCGAACAAGUCUCCAAAAAUCCUAAAAUCGAUGUCGACCUUAUCCGCUCAAGCAAAUAUCUUCACGAAUUCGACCGGCACGUGCAAUGUCCAACUUGGGGUUAUCCAACUGAGGGAGCGUAUUAUCGUGAUGCAACAUCCGUCGACUCUUUACUGGCUAUCAGGAUCCCGUUCCUGGCAAUCCAUGCCGAAGAUGAUCCCGUGACUGCAAGCGAGGCCCUUCCCAGAGAAGAGGUUCAACAAACUCCAUAUGGCGUGCUUUGCACCACAUCAACUGGAGGUCACCUCGGUUGGUUCGAGCUAGGCGGCACAAGAUGGUGCGCCAGAGCGGCAACCGCAUUUUUCCAGAAGAUGGCACAAGAUAUUGACUUGGACGCCAUUUCAAGGACGGACGCCGAGGACUCACAGCUUGAAGGGCAAAUAUCUCGCGAAUCGCGACAGCCCUUGAAACCAGUCUUUGAGCCGAUGAGGCGGAAAAUGCAUGUCCCGGCACAGCAAUAACUGCACUCUGGCCCCAUAAUAGACUGUACAGC